AAUGCCAAGGGAGUGGGCAAGGCCGAUGAGGUCACAUGACGGUGUAGCAACAUGAAACUUGCCUGUGCGCUCCCGCGAGCCUGACUUCUCCCGGGGCUUAGCGGAGCGCUGCGGCCGGACACGGAGUCACUUUGCCGGGCGCUCCGCGGCGCAGCCCCAACCUGGAGGCUCUCCGCGACACUUCCUAGUGCUGCCCAGAAGCGAGGUUGCCCCGGAGGGGUUUUGGUCCAGCUGGUCAUUAGGAAAAGAAACAGGGAAAUGGAGAGGCUUAAUAGGAUAGCUGUGCCGGCCGGGCAGAAGUUGAGGCAACUUCAAAAGGUCUUACAUGGUAUUACAAACAAUGAAGGUGGAAUCAUGAACAAAUUUAAAAAGUUAAAAAGCAAAGCACCACCCAGUGUACCUCAAAGGGAUUAUGUUCCAGAAAGCCCUGGUGAUGAAGAGGAACAGUGGUCAGAUGACUUUGACAGUGAUUAUGAAAAUCCAGAUGAACCCUCUGAUUCAGAAACCUAUGUGGUACCAGGGGAAGAAAUUGCAGAUGACAGCUAUGAACCUCCUCCAACAGAAAAGGAAAAAAGGAAGCUCCCCCCUACACUUCCAUUUUCCAAGGGAGAAUAUGCAGAUAAUCGAUCAAACCAGAGACAUUCUCCACCUUUCAGCAAGACACUUCCAACUAAGUCAAGUUGGCCUUCCCAGAAAACAAGGCACUCAUCUUUGCAGGUACCUCAUCCACAGAAGCCUCAUCUACCAAAGCCAAAAAACUCCUCGGAAGAUGAGACUGAUUAUGUGGUUCCUGUUGAGGAUGAAGAUGAAAACUACAUCCAUCCUACAGAAAGUGAUUCACUCCCAUCUGAGCAAGCUCCCAAGGUGAACAGAUCCAUCAAACCUUCUAGUUCUGCACCACCAGCCUCUCUUCCACCUGUAUCUGCUUUAGCCCCAGGAGAAGAAUAUGAAGUUCCUGUGACUGAGACACCACCUUUUUCCACAUACCAAAAACCAACCAUCAAAACCUGUGACAGCAGUAAUGGCACAGCUCGGGAACCCAAGCCUCCUCCAUCGAUUCAAGCCCCAUCCCCUCUCCCAAGGGUCAUGAAGAAAACAGCACCUCCACUGAAGGCAGCCUCUGGUGUUCCUUCACAGAACAACUUGGGGGGUCAUGAAGAAAAGCCUAUACCUGCUGAACGUCACCGAGGCCGAGCACCGGGCCUGCGGCUGGAACUUCCACACCCAUCAGCAUUUCCCACAGCUAACAAACCAAUCCAACAGAAACCUGUACCUCCACCAAAGCCUCCAGAGGUGUUGAGCCCCAGUAUGGAUGUUCCAUUAUCUAACUUUCCAGCCAAUUCCUGUUUGUCAGAUCAGGAAGCUGAAGUUCACUGCAGACCAUGGUACGCUGGGUCCUGUGAUCGAAAAUCAGCAGAGGCUGCAUUAUACAAAUCCAAUAAGGAUGGAUCAUUUCUUAUAAGGAAGAGCUCUGGUCACAACUCCAAGCAGCCAUUCACAUUAGUUGUAUUCUAUAACAGAAGAGUUUAUAACAUCCCUGUGAGAUAUAUUGAAUCAACAAAACAAUAUGCUUUGGGCAGUAAGAAAAAUGGUGAAGAGCACUUUAACAGCGUGGCUGAUAUAAUAAAAAAUCACCAACAUACACCUCUGGUUCUCAUCGACAGUCAGAACAACACCAAAGAUUCCACUAGACUGAAAUAUGCUGUUAAAGUUUCAUAGGAAUCAAGAAGAGAACCAAGAUUAGCAUGGUUGCCUCUGAUAUCCUCAACUUCCCACUUUUUAGUGACAUCAGAAACACUGUGGCUCAUGCAUUAUGGACUGAGGCAACUGGCACAGAGGACACCAUUCCUUCAGGAGAACAUCUUGGAGAAGAUGUUGUCUAUUAUUUCUGAAGAUUAUGCUAUUAGUACACAACGAGUUUGCGAUAUUAAUCACUGUUGCUAUAAUAGACUCCAAACUGGACUGCAAGAAGCAGUUAAGAGAAUGAGAAUUUUCAAUCAUUCAAUUAUAAAUUUUCUUCUAUUGAUCAAUUUUCAGCAGAAGAUAACAGCCACCUAGCAAACAAGGUUGCUAAGAAACUGAGGCUGCAAAAAAAGAGCACUAAACUCACAUAGCUGAGAUGUCCUUGUAUCUUUUCUUAAAUCUUGAUAAUCACUUCUUGGCUAAAUAUUUAAUGUAAAAAAAAAAAAGAUCAAAAUGUUAUAAGAUGAUGCAUUCUGGACUGUAUGGGGCAGCAGGCAUUUAUUACUGAGCAAUUGCUAAGAUUUGUCAGCAGUCAGUCCCUCUCACAGAGUAUGGCAGUACCCUGAAUCAUGGGGACAGCUUUCUAGAAAUCAUUGUUCACUUCAGGAUUCGUUUGGGUUGUUCUGCUCCUUACAGAGAUGGUCAUUCUUCUUCACGAGUGUUUCUAUUGGUUGACCCAGAAGAUGAAUAAAACACUGAGUUCACAGCAAACCUCCUCCAAGAGAUGUGAUUAAUUCCCAAAAAGGAGGACAAGGAAAAAUUGUGUCACUCAAAAUUGGACAGAAAUGUGAUUGCUUCAAAGUGGACAACUCACUAAUAAAGAGAACUGUAUCUUUUAAUAAGAUGUUUAAUAUUUAUACAUUAAUGUCAGUUGACCUUGCUCUGAAUAUUAUUAACACAUUUCUGAAUUUCUGAGCAUCCUUACUGUAAUACAGCAGGGAAGCUGUCCAUGUAAAGAAAUGCUUGGCUUAAAGCUCUUAAAGAAAAAUCCCCUUUUAAUGUGGAUCAUGAAACCGCUCCAUCUCAAUCGGCCUAUCACACUUUAAGUCAUUUUAGUUUUCUAAAUGUUGUUGUUCCUAUACAGUAUAAUCUCAUUAAUUCCAAAUCUGUGAGAGCCUGCUCUGGAACACUGAAAUCUAAUAGUCUAAUAAAGAUUAACAAUGGCAACAAAAGUGAUUGGCCAUUGAUUUCUAACUGCUAGACUUGGAGUCAAAGACCUAGAUUCAAAUUCUGCCUUAAUCAUUAACUGAAUGACUCUAGGCAAAUUACACAACCUCUUUGAACUUCAUUUUCCUCAUCUGUAAAAUAAGCUUAGAUUUGAUCAUUUUUAAGGUCCUUUUAAAGUCUAACUUCUAGGACAUAAACCUUCGACCUAAUGACAAUUCUGGUUCUCCAAAGAUUAAAAACAGAUCUUCUCAUUUGAAAGUACUUCCUUCCCCCUCCCUCUAUAGCUCAGAUGUCCUAGAGCAGGGGUGUCAAACUCAAGUAGAAAGAGGGGCUGGCAAUUUGUACAUAAGGAUCACUAUGGACUGCAUAUUGACAUAACUUUUUAAUGUAAUAUUUGUUGUAUGAUAGUUUUAUUUAGUUAAAUAUUUACAAUUGUAUUUUAAUCUGGUUCUGAGGCAUUCAUAGGCUCUUAUGUUUUACACUUCUGAACUGGAGUAUCGGCCCCACAAGAGAAGCAGGUGGGAGCCUGAGAAGUUCCAGUCUUCCUGUGUCAAACACAAUUGUGUAAGUUGGGGUCUGGACAAAGACCUUUAGUUUUAACUUCAAUUAAUUGCAAUGAAUUUUGUUUCUAACUUUAGAAAUUGGGAAGGGGGAUAGCAGAGGGAGAAUCUGAUAGUAUAUGGGAGAGUAGUGCUUAGCUCCUGGCUGUCAAAUUUCUGAAAAUUAAUAUAAAGGUUUCUGAGAUUUACUUAAGUUUGAAGAUUCCUUACACUACACAAAAGCAAGAGGUUAUCUUAAAAAAAAUUUUUGUUACCUAUGGUUUGCAUGUAUAGAUGUUCCAAUGGAAAGAAAUAUGUUGGAGUGGGGAGGGAAAAGAAUUAAAUGAAUAUGAUGUAGUGUGAAAUAAAGAAAUUAAAUUCCUCUGGAA